GAGCGUCCAUCACAAACACAUCCGUGAGCACAGCAAUCGCGGAUGGCAAGACACUGUAUUUCAUAUCCACCAUCCAUUGCAACAGCAGAGUUCGUUUAUAUGUUAAUUACAUAUCCAUCCUCCGUGGACGGCUUCUGCAUUCAUAAGUUCGAUUUUGCGAAAUUCGCCCCCUUUAGGAAAGCCGUUUAUGUUAUUCUCAAAACACCAAAGAAGUAGCUCGGCGCCUCCGUAUAACGUACGUGCGUAAGGACAAGUCAGUGCUCAAUCAGGCAACCACAAGACAACCUACAUGUACCGGACCAUCGCCAUAUCGGGUAUUAAUAAUUCAAGCGCACUGCAACAUGUCUUCGACCCUCCGUCGCUCCGUCCCGCACAUGACGCGCGCACUCACUUCAUCUUUGCCUCCAGCUUCACCUCCAGCAUCAUCUCCAGGCGCCUCACCACCACAACCACAAUCCCAACGCACCACCUCUCUAUUUCCCUCCUUAUCUCCAUCCCCGCCACGACCACAACCACAAACGCAAAUACAAACACAAACACCGCCACCACCCUAUUCCUCGAACUCAGCACUCAGCUCAACACUCACACUCCCCUCCGGCCUUCUCCUGGGUUAUGCCACGUACGGCGCUCCCACCUCCCCCCACCCUCCAAUCUUCUUCUUCCACGGCUCGCCCUCGUCCCGCCUCGAAGGUUCCGAAUGGGCAUCCGCCGCCCUCGCCACAUCGACUCGCCUCGUCGCCAUCGAUCGGUGGGGCCAUGGUCUUUCGUCUCCGCGGCCUGGGACGAGGGUGCUCGACUGGCCCGGCGACGUGCGCGCCUUAGCAGAGCACCUCAGACUUCUCGGUAGCAACGAGGACGGGAGGUGCCAGGGAUUCUACGUCGUCGGCGCCAGCGGCGGCGGACCCUAUGCGCUCGCCUGCGCGCACUCGCUGCCUCCGUCCGAGCUGCUCGGCACGGGGAUCGUGGGGGGCGUCGCGCCGCCGGGAGCUGGGACGCGCGGCAUGGCGCUGGACCGGCGCUUCACCGUCCUCGUCAACCGCUGGGUGCCCGUUGGGGCCAUGGAGAAAGUGCUCGACCUCGCAGCCGGCAACGCCGCGCGCGGGCCCGACGCCGCCUGGGCUCUCCACGCCGAGCACCUCAUGCCCACACUGUCCCGAGAAGAGCAGGAGUACUACACCGACCCCCGACAUGAGAAAGAGAAAGCAGCGCUGCUGGCGUGCUACCGCGAGGCGUUCCGACAGGGAGGCAGGGGACCCGCGGAAGAUGCGAAGCGCGUGCUUGGAAACUGGGGGUUUGAGCUUCGGGAGGUCAAGGGGAAGGUGAAGAUGUGGAACGGGGGCGCGGACGUAAACGUGCCUGUACGGACGACGCGAUGGAUGGCGGAAAGGAUAGAGGGGGCGGAGUUGAAGGUGUUGGAGGGGGCGACGCAUUUUGGUGUGCCGGUGCGGCAUGCAGAGGAGAUUUUGAGGGAGCUGGUGGGAGUGGGGAUGAAAGGGAAAGGGGAAUAAGGUGCGACGAAGGGGGACGGUGCUUGUAGGGAUAAGUGCAUGUGCAAUCUCAGCUCUGGGGC